CGGUCAUUCCAAGGUUGUCCGCUUGAUUUGCUCAACACCAAGACUUUGUGGGCACAAACGGCAUAUGCAUGUUGCUGCCAACGCUGUGAGUGGUUCGCCCCUGAACUGCUUCGGUGCUUCCCCACUCUUUCCCCGCAGAUCACUGGGAGGUUUCUCGGUCCGACCCAGGUACUCCUGUCAUUCCAUGCCGACAGUGCGGGCACAGCUCUCAAUCGGGUAAUGGGCGAUGCUUCUGUUGUGGUCGCGGAUGGGAGCGGCUCUGUUGUCGGACCGGCUGGGAAGAGUUUAAAUCGACGAUGGACAAUAUUUAAGACGAGACGAAGGCCCUAGGAGAACCAUUACAGCCCCUCGACUUUUUCACGGACUCUCAGCUCUCCAGCCAAAUCUUCCUAAUCGAGAUGGUGGCCCUCACGAUCGGAGCGACUGCAGCUCUGUUGCUUGGACAGGCAUCCGCGUAUCACCAAGAGCGCAGACAAGUUGGUUCCGAGAAACAUACGGUUGUCAUUCCAGGAGCGUCUUCGUACAAUGGACUUAACCUGAUCCCGCAAAUGGGAUGGAACAAUUGGAAUGCCUUCCAUUGCGAUGUCAACGAGAGCUUGCUGCUCACCACAGCGCAAGACAUGGUCGACUACGGCCUUCGAGACUCAGGCUACAACUACAUCGUGUUAGACGAUUGCUGGGCUGUUGGCCGGAAUGAGAGUGGCUACCUAGUUGCAGACGAUUACAAGUUUCCCAGCGGCAUGAAAUCGAUCAUCACAAAGAUCCACGCCCUGGGCUUCAAAUUUGGCAUGUACUCGUCCGCCGGCGUGUUAACCUGUGGUCGCUAUCCUGGCUCUCUGGGGUAUGAGAAAAAAGAUGCGGAUCUCUGGGCUGAGUGGGGCGUCGAUUACCUCAAGUACGACAACUGCUUCAACCAAGGCCAGUCUGGAACGCCUAAGCUCUCCUUUGACCGUUACAAGGUCAUGUCUGAUGCGCUCAACCAAACUGGGAAAGAGAUAGUGUAUGCCAUGUGCAAUUGGGGAAAUGAUGAUCCAUAUGAUUGGGCAUACAGAAUCGCAAACUCGGGACGUAUGAGCGGCGAUAUUUACGACUCGUUCAACCGGCCUGACGACCGCUGCCCGUGUACUGAGGCAGCGGGAUGCGCAUGGCCUGGCUUCCAUUGCUCUGUCAUGAAUAUCCUAAAUAAGAUGCCUGCCAUCACAUCUCGCACAAUGUCUGGCUAUUUCAACGACAUGGACAUGCUUGAAGUAGGCAACGGCGGCCAAUCUGACUCCGAGUAUGUCGUUCACUUCAGUAUGUGGGCGAUCAACUCUUCACCCCUCCUCAUCGGCACAAACGUCGGCACGCUUUCUCCAGCCAACUUGGCUAUCUACUCGAAUCCUGCCAUCAUUGCGAUUAACCAGGACACAUCAGCCAGUGCAGCGAAGCGUGUGUGGCGCUACACCACCGACCCAGACGAAACGGGUGAGGGUGAAAUCUCGCUCUGGACCCGCUCUCUCAGUAACGGCGAUCGUAUCGUUGCCCUUCUUAAUGCAGCCAACAUAACAAUGAACAUGAACGUCACCAUCAACGAAGUUUUCUUCGACGAGCGCACCGCAGGCGCAUAUCGCGCACCACCAGAGUUGUCGCAAACCUGGGACAUCUACGACUUGUGGGCCAACCGAAUGGGCGAAGCUGAGGCGGCGGCGAUAUUGAAUGGAACGAGUGUGGAGAUUCCCGCAAAUAGCACGACUCGUUUCAACGCGACUGCUUCGACCUACGCAAAGGGUGUGGAGAGUGCGCAUCCAGCGCUUAUAGGUAGUCGGGUAGGCACGCUCCAGCCUAGUGGCACGUUCACCGCCGAGAUUGCGAGGCACUCUGUGGGUGUGUAUAGGUUGAGAUCCAGGGAGGCAGCGAUGAGAAAGAGGGACGAGCUUUGA